ACAGCCUUCCUCCUCAGUUUUGGUUCUCUCUCCACUUCAAUGAAUGAUAUCAUCGGACUUCCCCCCCACCCCACUGCAUCAGAGGACUUAACGGUUUUAUAAAGAGCAGCUCUGUGCAAUGUGACAGUCAAUAAACGUGAGUCGCAGAAGGAAGACAAACUCUGAGAAAGAGAGCAAAGUGAGAAAGGAGGCAAUCGUUUGGAAAAAUGGAAGGUGACUGUCAAGUGAGUCUUUUCGAUGCAAUGGACGCAGAAUCAAGCAAGCCGGCAAGAACCGGCAUGAAGCACGGUUUGAAGAUUAUGGCGGCGCUUUUGGGUUUCACGCUACUCCUCGCUAUUGCCGCCGCAGCCUUUCUCGUCUUGAACGGACACGCCAAGAAGCCAAGAGGAGACGAGGCCAGUUUUGAUAUCCAUCAUACUCUUCGGCAAAUCUCCAACGUCAGAGCUGCCAUUCACUUAACAGGAAAGUACAAUUCUGAAAUUGCCAACUCAGUGCAAUGGACGAAUAAGGUGGUCCCGUCUCACUCCCAAGGGGGUCUGCAGCUCGAGAACAACGAGAUUGUGAUCCCUCAAGACGGCCUCUACUUUGUUUACAGUCAAGUAUCUUUUCGGGUCAGUUGUCACGGCAAUGACAACGAUGAUGCAUCCGCAACGUCGAUGAUCCACCUGACCCAUCGAGUGAGGCGCUGGUCCAACUCGUUCGGGGAUGACAAAUACCGGACCAUUUUGCACUCGGUCCGGACUGCCUGCCAGAAAAUGGCCAGCGGCGAUGCUGACGAAGAGGGCGGCUGGUACUCCGCCGUGUACACGGGAGCUGUGUUUAACCUAAAUACAGGAGACAGGUUGAAGACCGUGACGGAAAAAAUGCUGCCCAACCUGGAGGAAGAGGCCGGGAAGACGUUCUUUGGUGUGUUUGCCUUGUGAAAACAUGACAGCCAGAGCCGAAUGUGAAAGAAUAUGAAGAAAAUGAUGGGGAGACCUCUGACGUCUGCUCAUACACCUACAAAAAAGGUUGGCAAAUUAAGAAUGCUAUGUUAAGAAUAGCAGGCCAAGUAACGACACCGUAAGGUGAUUUAGUAUUGAACUGUCACGUACUCCGUAUCUCUGAAAUGGAUGGGGAUUUCAUAUAUUACGUACCGUGUACUAUCAAGUGUCAGUACCUUUUGCUGUACUACAAUUUAAUACCCUGCACACAUAUAUACCCUGAGACGAUUUGUGAAACCGCACCGUACUGUAUGUAUUUAUUGAAUCUAUUUAUCUAUUUAUUUUUACAAGAUUUUCAACAAUGUAAACAGGAUUGUUCUACUCAUUAUUUAAUAAAUUAUUUAUUUAAACAGAAA